ACCCGAGACACUCUACCAUCAGACAUCAGUUUGAAAAACCAAAAGAACAAGCCACUCGAAAAAUAACAAAUACACAUCACAUCAGUAGUACUUGGAGCGUUCCAUUAUGAAAGUUUUCCUGGUAAUAGCCAUUGCAUUGGCCGUGGCUCAAGCCCGACCUCAAGAAGACACUGUCAAAGGGACGGAGGGUCCCACCCAAAAUGUAGAAGAUACAGAAGAUGCUGACCCAGUCCAGGGUGCAGUUGAAAGCCGAUUUGCUUAUGCCGAUGAGAAAUACGAGCAUAUCAAAUAUGAGACAGUCGAGACCAAAGACGGUUUUGAGAAGCGCAAGUACCCCGAAUCCAAGUGGAUCUGCACUGAGUUCACUCCCAAAAACACCGAGGACGUCUUCGCCAAUUGGCAAGAGAAGUACGGCUCUGGCUUCGAAGUCAUGGCCUCCGAGGACAUCCUCAAUGACGAGACCUAUCAGGCAUUCAAAAAGCUGUGCCGAUACGGUUAUGGUGUCAACUCUGACUAUCUAGAGCUCAACAAGACCUACCCCUACUUCACCAAGUUCACGACUCAAGAAAAUGAACCACCCGUGGUUGAGGUGUGCUCAUACGCCGGAGCCAAGUACAACAAUGCCAGACUUCCCGAACCUCAAGAUGAGGCCGUUUACAUUAGGAAGCAACCUGAGAUGGUCUUCUAUGUCAGCCAAUUCAGUGGUUUCGUCUUUUCCGAGGCUGAUGUCACAGAGCCCCAGGAAGAGCUGACCAAGGCCCUUGAAGCCGCCGCAGUUGAGGAUUUCGACAAAAAUGUCGUCUAUGUGGCCGAAUUCAACGGUCCCUUCACCGCUGGUGACAAGCGACAGAACGAGGUGUGGGUCCCUGUUGAAGGCCAAAAGUAUGAGGUCUCAUCCUCCAACAACGAAGAGCUCCCGUACGAGGUUCUGGUCGAGAACGAGGAAUACGAGCUCCGCAAGUACAAACCCGCCAAAUAUGUUUGCAACAAGAUUGAGAACUACAACGUCAGCGAUGACCCGUUCAAGGGAUGGCAAGAGAAAUUCGACGAUGCUUUCCAGGCCAGGUCCAACAUUAUGAGAGAGAUUAAGCAGAGCUACAAGAAGUCUGGAAGCCGCACCGACGAGAAGUGCUAUUACCGAAUGUUCAAGUCCCUCUAUCAAUACAUCAUCGGAUUCAAUGCCGAAUUCAUGGAGAUCGAUAUGACCAGCCCUGUGGUGACCAAGCGAACCAUCAAGGAGGCUGGCAAGACUGAGGACAUUGAGAUGUGUUUCUACGGCGGCUCCAGAUUUGAUGACCGCAACAUGCCCGCACCCAAGAAGAGCGAGCUUUACCUCAAGGAAGCUGAGGAGCAAUACGUUUAUGUCACUCGAUUCGGUGGUUACGCCUUGUCCUUCGAUGACUGGGAUUCUCAUCACCAAGAACUCCGAAAGGCUCUCGGAGACAAGAAAUUCAUUCAGGACCAAUAUUUCACGGUUGGAUAUGACUCUCCCUACAAGGUUGAGGAUCGCAGAAACGAAGUUUGGGUUGAGGUGGCCAAGGGCGAUCUUGACAUUGAAUUAGACGGUGAAAACCAAGUGGCUUAGAGUAGAAAUUCGAAAUACCUGAUUAUUCCAUGGUGCUUAAAUAUUAUUGACGAAUGGAAUACAAACAUCCACAUGAUACAUUUAAACACUUAA